GUGCAGGAUCACAUACCUUGGUCUGGAGUCGAGGAUAAACUGGAAGCAGAGCUUCUGCAGAAGCAGGAGGGUGAGUGACUGAAAGGCCAAGGAGUCAUGGCCCAAAGAGCUGCCUCUGUUGCGAAGGCUCUGGCAUGUGUGGUGACCCUCCUGGUGUCAAAGGGCAGAGCUCAGCUGAAACAAAGCUCCCGAUUUGGAAGUAAACCCUUUGUGACUGUGUGGAAUGCACCAACGCAGGAUUGUAUCCGUCACUCAGUCAAUCUGGACCUCAGAAUGUUCGAUAUUAUUUCAUCUCCAAAUGAAGGCUUUUAUAACCAGAAUCUAACCAUCUUCUAUAAGGAAAGGCUGGGUAAAUACCCUUACUACCAGGGUCAGCAAGCAGUGAAUGGUGGUGUCCCACAGAACAGUAGCCUCCUGGAACAUCUGACUGCGAUGGAGCGAGACGUUGAGCGUUAUAUGAGAUCCCAGACCACCAAGGGUCUGGCAGUGAUCGACUGGGAGGAGUGGAGGCCUCUCUGGAUUCGGAAUUGGAAGGACAAGGAGAUAUACCGUAAUAAUUCCCGGCGCCUGGUGUCUGAGAAACACCCAGAUUGGGCCGAGACUCAAAUCAACAGAGAGGCCCAAUUUGAGUUUGAACAGUCAGCGCAGAGGUUCAUGGUUGAGACUCUGCGGAAGGCAAGAAACUUCCGGCCACACAGUUUGUGGGGUUUCUACCUUUUCCCCGACUGCUACAAUCACGACUAUAAGAAUAACAUGGCCAAUUAUACAGGCCGCUGCCCAGACGUGGAGAUAUCCCGAAAUGAGCUGCUGAGCUGGCUGUGGACUAACAGUACGGCAAUCUUCCCCUCCAUCUAUCUGGACUUGAUGCUACGCUCCAGCAGCAGUGCCACCAGGUUUGUGCGCUCGAGGAUCAAGGAGGCUCUGCGAGUGUCUGAGCUGCACAGUGUCAACUUCUCACUACCUGUGUUUGUGUACUCACGGCCUACUUACAGUUACACCUUUGACCUGCUAACCCAGCGGGAUCUGCUCACGACCAUUGGAGAGACAGCAGCCCUGGGAGCAGCCGGAAUCAUUUUCUGGGGUGAUGCAGAUUACAGUAACAGUGAGAAUCGCUGUAAGGUAUUGAGGAGAUACCUGGAAGGGGAUUUCGGUCGCUACAUACUGAAUGUGACAAUGGCAGCACAGUACUGCAGCCAAGCGUUGUGCCAGAGCCAGGGUCGGUGUGAACGGAGGGACAGUCAAUCUGAUACUUACCUUCACCUCAAUGCAAACAGCUUCCAGAUCCUGGAGCAGAAUGUGACUGAAGGACCCAAGCUGCUGCUGACUGGAUCCUUGAGACCUGACGAUGUCAGGCAGUUUAAGGAGAACUUCCAGUGUCGUUGUUAUCGGGGUUGGACAGGUCAAAGCUGCAGCACUGAGACCAGCAAUAGCCAGCUCCCUCUGCCUUCUACUCUGAGCCUCAUCAUAACAGUGCUGCUCUCUGUGACAGUUUAAUAAUGAAACACUUCCUCUCUUCAAGCCAGGAUUGAUGUUUCUGAGACAGGAAUUUGUUAACAAAGUAUUUUUGCCGUUCAUAUGAUCUAAAGCUCCUGAACCUUUCUAAAUGGGAGCAUUAUUUUUUAAGAUAUUGAAUUGUAUAAAGAGACAUUGUUUGUUUGUUUGCUGGUGAACAAUUUCUGGGAUUUUUCCUGAUAUUUAUUGGAAAAGCAGCAGUGGUGGGUGUGGAGUGUGGGAAAGUGUCGGGGGCGGAGGGAGCGAGGGGGCAGUGUCGGGGGUUGGGGGGGGGGAAGAGGGCAGUGUUGGGCAAUGUGGGAGGGGGAGAGGGCAGUGGUAUUUCUGGGCUGGACUGAGCUGUGUUUUGUAAAAGUUCUUGUUUCUGAAUGUGUCAGAUUCGUUGCUGCUUCUCACUGAGGGUAAAAUACAAAACCAAAGACAAUUUUUCUUUUAGUUAAUUGAGACACAGUUGUCUAGAAACCAGGUGUGUGAGUGUUAAUAAUAACUACCUUGUUGUCAGUAAAACACUGUGGACCAGUACCAAAGCUUUAAAAGUGUAUUUUUUGAAAAGACGAGUUUUAGUGCAGUGAGUUUAAAGAGGCUGCAGAUCCCAUGGGAAUAUCGUCCUAUCAGCCCUGGUUCCUGCUGUGCCUGGAGCUCGGUCUCUGAGUCAGAAGGGUACAGUUAGGCUGAGGGGAGGGGCUGAGGGAGUGUAAGGUGCAGGUGGAGGGAGGAUUCAGGGCUGAGUGAGGGGUGACAGGCUAAAGGAGAAGUAAGGGAGGGGUGAGCACUGAGGCAGGAGUGGGAAGGCGAGGGAGGGGUGACAGAGUGAGGUAUCAAUUUUGAUGGAAUUCCAGGGAAUUUCAUCACAUCUGCUACACAUUGUUUCUGUCAGUGGUCACGUGACACAUCGAUCCUUUCAGCAAAUGAGUGGUAUUAGCAUGUAGGGGGGCUUUAUCCAUGAAAAGAGUGAGGGGGUGGGUGGGAGGGAGUGAGUGAUGGAGAGGGGCGAAGUAUGACAGAGGGAGAGUGUGUGACAGACGGUGGGGUGGUAGUAACAGAGGAGGCAAUGUGUGGGCUGGGACAGAGGCCGUGCUGAAUCAGACGAAGGAGUGAGGCUGAGGUGUGGGGUGAGGGAGGUCAGAAGGGUUCAAGGAUGAAGAGGUUUGGUUAAAAGGUUAGUUAACUAACCAGGAGUAACAACCCCUGGGAGCAAACGAGGUUGAGGAGAGCUUUUUACACAGCAUGAGGUAAAGACCAGGAACAUCCUAUUCAAGGAGGUGUUGGAAAUCAAGAUGCUAACAGAUUUCAAAAGGAUAUUGGACAUUCGAGGGACAGACACCUGCGGAGAUAUGAGGAGUGAGGACAUUACUCUGUCUGAGUGGCAUGGACUCGGCUGGAGGAAUGGCCUCCCGUAGCAUAAGUGACUAUUUUACCGUUCAUGGGCCAGUAUUUAUUGCCCAUUCCUAAUUGCCCAGAGGGCAGUUAAGAGUCGAUCACAUUGUGCCUUUGGGUCUGGAGUCACAUGUAGGCCAGACUGGGUACACUCUGCAAAGGCAUCUGAAGGAGGGUCACCGGACCCGAAACAUUAACUCUGAUUUCUCUUCACAGAUGCUGCCAGACCUGCGGAGCUCCAGCAACUUCUGUUUCAAUAUGAAAUAAAUGAAUUUUUACAACCAUGGACAUUGGUCUUGUCGUCAUAAUCACUGCAAGUAGCCAGAUUUUAUUAAUUGAAUGUAAAUUCAGACAGUGGCUGUUAGAUUUGAAUCUGUGUCCCCAGCACUUUAGCCUCAAUUCCUAGAUUACUAGCCCAGUGAAAUUGCCACUGUGCCAACAUCCUUCCAAAGUUGAACAUUUACAAUCUCUCCACUCUGUGAAUCUCUUAAGGAGUUCUUUUCCCCCAGGGAACUGUGGAUGUUCACUUCCUGAAGUGAUGGAGGCACAAUUGGAUAUUUGGAAUGAAGGGAUCUGGAGAUCGAACCACAAGGUGGAGCUGAUGUGGAAUUUUGACCAUGUUUUUACUGAGAAGCACAACCCCACUCCCAUUCCUAAUUGGGGGGUGUUUUGAACCAGACAUGGUUCUGUAAAUGGGGUUUGCCCAGAAUUAAUUGGAGUUUUAAACCAGAUGCAUUCCACACACAAACUGCUCUGUGUAAACAAAAAAGUUGGCCCUCAUGUCCUUUUUAAAUUUUUCUCUCCUCACCUUAAAAAUAUGCCCUCUAGUUUUGAACUCCCCCACCCUAGGGAAAAAACGCUUGUCAUUCACCUUAUCAAUGCCCCUAAUGAUUUAUAAAUCUCAAUAAAUUCACCCCCUCAACUUCCUACACCCCGAGUCUUUUCAGUCUAUUUUUAUACCUCAAACUCUCCAUUCCUGGUGACAUCCUGGUAAAUCUUUCCUGAACCCUCUCCAGAUUAAGAAUAUUCUUCCUAUAAUAGGAUGACCAAAACUGCACACAAUAUGCCAGAAGAGGCUUCACCAACAUUCUGCACAACCUCAAUAUGACAUCCCAACUCCUACACUCAAAGUUCUGGGUGUUUUAGCAUUUCAUUUUAUUCCAGUUCCACAUUACUUGGGUGACUCCUUAUGUCCUCAGACAAUACAUACAGCUUUGCAAUGUUCCCCACAUCGUAAGGAUAUAGAUAUAUAUCUAUGAAAAAUCUAGGUAGGAUGACAGUAUCCCAAGCUUGGGUAUUUAUAUGGGCAAGGUAGACCAGGAAUCUUUCAGUCUAGAUUACUCACAACGCACAUAACAAGAAAGAUUUGAUUUUUAUAAAACUGGAACUUCAGUAAAUACCAAAGUGCUUUUGAGUCAAUCCUCUUUUUUUAAGCAUGAAAAGAUUGUGUGUUAAAGACUGGAGUGGGAAACUAUUACCUCUGCUUUAUAGAAUGUUACCAUUGUAAUGUGAGAUAUGCACAGCCAACUUGCACACAUUAUCUCCCAUCAUGUGAAAAUGAGCAAAUUCUUGACAAAUACAUGAAUAGGAUGGGAAUAGAGGGAUACGGUCCCUGGAAGGGUAGAGGGUUUUAGUUGUGACGGGCAGCAUGUCGGUCCAGGCUUGGAGGACCGAUGGGCCUGUUCCUGUGCUGUAAUUUUUUUUGUUCUUUGUUCUUUUUGUUAUGAAAUGCUGUUGGUUUCGGGGGCAUGUUUGCAAAGUCUCCUUGCUCAUCCAGUAAUAGCAUCUUGCUGUUUUUUUUCUCAAACAAAACACAGGAGUUGCUGGAGAAACUCAGCAGGUCUGGCAGCAUCUAUGGAGAGAAAAUAAAUGGUAACGUUUCAAGGAUUCUGGGUAAUCCAAUAUGGAGGACAGGAAAAGCUUGUAGUGGUGAGAGCUGUUCCUUUUUUUUUGAAGUAUUUUCAGUUGUGGAGCUGAUUUUCCUUGAAUUCUAGGAGCAGUAAUUAUUGUUUUAUAAGCUGUUGCAUUGUUUUGGAACUUUGGGGAAAAAAGAUAAAAACAACAGCACUUUAAAAAGGAGGAAGAGAGAAAAAUGCAGUAACCACAUGAGAAGUGAAGCAAACUGAGAAAUAAAUCUGCAUUGCUGUAUGACCCAGAAUAAAUCUGCACAGCUGACUGUAUCUGCUGUUUGAGUUCAAGUAUUUCUGGACAUUGGAGUUCAUGUAAGAAAAAAUAAACAAACAGUGAAAUUCAUAGCUGACCUUGAAGAAACCGGUGUGAGAAGGCCCACAGCAGGAUAGCAGCUAAGUGGCUAGUUUUAAAGUGUAACCAUACUGUUUUUCUUUUG